AUGGCAGUCAAACCGCUCACCCAAAAGCCCAAACCAAACCUCGUCCGCCAAUUUUCCAACUUCAUCCACACAGUCACAGGCCUCGAGAAGACCUGCCGUCUCAUUCAAUCCUUCGCCCAAAUCGUAAUACAGCUCAAUAUUCCCCCGGGGUCAACCACAACCGCGCAAUGGGAGACUGCCAUAUCGCAAAUCGCGCUGACGAGACGGUUUUUCCGCUUCUUCGCGUUCAUCGAUUGCUUUAGCCAGGUGUAUGGGCUGCUUGGCGGGGCGCAGAGUCUGGGGUUGUUUAUGACCUUGGUUGAAAUUGGGAGGUGGAGUUGUUUGGGGCUGUAUCUUGUGCUGGAGGACUUGACUAUUCUCCAUGCGUUGGGCGUCCACCCCGUCGCCUGGAAUACGCCUGUCCUGGUCGAAGCCUUCAAAUUCUGGUUCUAUUCUCUUGCAUUAUCCGUCUUUGGUGCUGUUUGCGGUUUACUAUUUACUUCAUCUUCACCUGCUAGUAAUAAGACCAGCAACAAUGAGAAAAAGAAAGAGAACAAGAAUGCCGAGAAGACGGCACCCAAUACCGACGAUUCUCAAGCCAAGGCCCAGAGAACUGCCCUCAUGAAGCGCAUCGUGGCCGACGGAUGCGAUCUCCUGAUUCCGGGGGUGUUCGUCGGCUGGAUGCAGAUUAGUGAUCUGAUGAUUAGCGUGACGAUGGUGAUCAGUACGGUUGUUUCUGGGGGAGACGCUUGGGUGAAGGCGCAGGAGUGA